AUAACAAUCCAUCAUAUUCUAUUAGCUCUUCAUAUGUUUUGUAUGCAAAAAUCAUAAAUUGUAAAGUAACUAGUAACUAAAGCCGUCAAGUAAUUGUAGUUGUACAAUAUUUCCGUCUGAAUUGUAGUGGAGUAGAGGUAGAAUGUGGCAUGGAAAGAAAAGUUUGAAGUAAAGUAUAAGUACCCAAAAAUAUCCCUGUGAUUUUGAAAUUUGGCUCUUACCUGCAUAAAAUCAUUGUGUUUAUGACUUCCUCCACUCAGCAGGGCUCAUUUUCUUGACUUAGUAGACUGUAUAACCAGAAAUAGCUGCAUUAAUAAUACCUGGGUGCAGCUGUCAAUGAAUAACCACCACUCUCUUUAUACUAUGGCACCAUUUUCCUUUCUCAAGAAAUGUCAAAAGUAUUUUUAAUAAAUGAAAAAUAAAGAAUUUAGGAAUUACUGAUGAAAAGGGGAAGAGGGAGGAGAAACAUUUAUCUGAGAAACUGCUGUGAGAGCAGAAGUGUCACAACCACCUGCUAUGGAAACACCCUCAUUUAAAAAGCACACAGGAAGUAUUGCAAAGACAUAUGUUUCCAGCUAAAGCAGCACCACUGUCAACCCUGAGAAGAGUGAUUCAAAAGAUGCAAGGGCGGCGUCGCAUUUUCCUGUUCACCUACUUGGUGGUUGUUGCCAUCCCUGUUUCUUUGGCUUUCAACAUUGAUAUGACAAAUCCCAAGGUUUAUACUGGUGAACAAAAAGAUUUCUUUGGAUACAAGGUGCUUCAAUUCAUAUCUGGCAAGAACAAAGGGAUAAUCGUGACUGCACCCCUGCAGCUAAAUGGAUCUGGGGGAGUAUGCAAACCUGGCCAAAAUCAAGACACCAAGUGCUUCAGAUCUAAAAACAUUUUGCUAGGAAACCAAACAAUACCUGUCAAGCACCUUGGCCUGUCGAUAGCUGCGGACUCCACAGGCUCCCAAUUCACUGUUUGCAGUCCAAGUGUAGCCCAUGAAUGUAAUGAGAACUCCUAUCUAAACAGUGUGUGUUACAAGCUAACAGACCAUCUUCAGCAAAUCUCCAGUUUCACACCUGCUUUCCAAGAAUGCACAAAAAAGACAGUGGACCUUGUCUUUCUAUUUGAUGGAUCAGGGAGUAUGACCGAAGACGAGUUCACAAAAAAUAAAGAUUUCAUAGUGGAUAUAAUGAACAGCCUUAAGAACACUUCAAUCAAGUUCGCAGCAGUUCAGUUCUCCUCAAAUCACAGGAAGGUUUUUGACUUCAAUGACUAUCAAGCUGGUAGUGCUCUUGAUCGACUCCACAAAGAACCCCACAUGAAGUCUCUCACCAACACACACAGAGCCCUCAAAUUUGUGUUGGAUAAUAUCUUGGAAAACCCAGUUGCAGGCGCCUCUCCUGAUGCAACUAAAGUUCUGGUGCUAAUCACAGAUGGAGAUCCCAGUGAUACCGACAGAGAUGAGAUUAUUAAAAGAUAUGAUAAGAAAAACAUAAUUCGCUUUGUCAUUGGGGUCAAAGUUGCUACGCUGGAUAAAUUUAUGGCCAUUGCCUCACAACCGGCAGACAAAUAUGCCUUCAAAAUCGAGGACUAUAACGGACUCACAGGAAUACUGGAAAACUUUCAAAAAAAGAUCUUUAAAAUGGAAGGCUCCAGUGUGGCUCGGGCAGGAGACAUAAAUAAUGAAAUGUCUCAGAGUGGAUUCAGUGCUGUCUUCUAUAACGAUACCUUGAUCUUGGGUUCAGUGGGAUCAAAAGGCUGGCAGGGCUCUCUCCAAGAGAUCAAUGAACAAAAAGACACACAAAUUGAAGAUCCACAUAUGAAGAAUGACUCCUACAUGGGAUACUCUGUUGCUGUUGGAGAGAAGAACAAUGCUCCUCUAUUAUUCACGGGCGCACCAAGAUUUGAGCACACAGGACAGGUUGUAUUUUUCAAACACAAUGGCAAAAACUGGACCGCAGCCCAAAGACUAAAUGGAGACCAGAUUGGUUCCUACUUUGGUGCGGAGCUGUGCGCAGUAGAUAUCAACUCAGAUGGUAACACAGACUUCCUGCUGGUGGGAGCUCCACUGUUUUACCAGCCUCAGGAGAAGAGAGAAGGCCAGAUCUAUGUCUACACACUGACUGAUGAGACGCGACUGGAAAGUGAACUGAAUGUGACAGCGCCAUCCAUGGGUAGAUUUGGCAACACCAUAUCCAGCCUUGCAGAUCUGAACGGAGAUGGACUCCGAGACGUUGCUGUUGGAGCCCCCCUUGAUGAUGAUAACAGGGGGGCUGUGUACAUCUACCUUGGUGACAGACACGGAGGGAUACGCAGCACUUACAGCCAGAGAAUCAGGGGAAAGGAAAUUAAACCUGGGCUGAGAUUCUUUGGACAGGCCAUCCACGGGGACAUCGACCUUGGAGAGGACGGACUCCCAGAUAUUGUGAUUGGAUCACAAGGCACGGCUGUUGUCUUAAGGUCCAGGCCUGUCUUUAAUGUCAUGGCACAUCUUUCUUUUCAACCUGAGGAGAUAAGCACUGAGAAAUUUGACUGUGUGCUCAAAACGGAUGAAACUUUACCCAUGGUUACCUUAACAGCCUGCUUUGAAAUGGUGGAAAUAACAAAGAGCAAAGCAGAGGCAAUGAGCUCAGGACUGAACAUCUCAUACAUAUUCAAUGUGGAUCAGAAGAGACAAACAUAUCGAGGUUUCUUCGGAACUGACAAGAAAGCCAGGAUUUUCACUUCUACCUACGAGCUGAGGGAUAAAGACACCUGCUUCAACUACUCCAUCUACAUGCCAAAAUGUGUGAAGGACACAUUAUCCCCCAUCAGCUUCAACUUAAACUUUUCCCAAGCCAACAGUGAGAGCACAAGCGCUGUCCUGAACUUGGACAGCAAAAGGCACGCUCAUGUUGAUGUUCCCUUUGAAAGGCAAUGUGCAAAAAAUGACAACUGUAUUGCUGAGCUUGAGGUGGAUUUCAACUUCACGACUCCAACAUUAUUGGUAGCAGAAGGCAACUACUUCAACGUGUCUGUAAAACUGUCCAAUCAUGGUGAUGACUCAUACAACACCAGCCUUACAAUGUACUAUCCUGAAGGCCUCUCCUUCACUAGGAUGACUCUUACAGAGGCGACAAGACCAACGCUCCACAGCUGCCAUGAUCUAAACGUAGUUGACAAAACUGUAUGCGGUGUCAGCCUUCCUGUGUAUCGUAGCAGAUCCACUGCAACAUUUCAAACUUCUUUCUACACGGUGACUAGUAGGUACGAGUGGAAUGACACAAUCUCGAUGACCAUUAUUGGAAAAAGUGAUAAUGCAAACACCACCAAGACCAAUUCCCUGACCAAAAGCAUCCCAGUACAAUUUGAAAUUAAAAUGGCAGUAACAGUGGGAGAAGGGACCACCACCUAUCUGAACUUCACAACAGAAGAUACUGCAGCUAAAAAAAUGAAGACUAUAUACGAGAUAGCUAAUCCUGGUUUGAAGGCUUUUCCUGUCAGUGUGUCCUUGUUCUUCCCAUUUAAACUGGAACAUAACUUUGAAAUGAUGAACUAUGAAAUCUCCGUCGCGCAGAACAAAACUCAAUGCAACAUUACUGAGAUCAAUUCUAAAGAAUGCGGUGUGCCAGAAAAAUACUGCAAAACCAUAUUGUGUGACACUUUUAUCCUGGACAGAGAAUCAGUCACUGAGUUUAUAUUGUCAGCAGACUUACAAUUUAGGGAUCUCAAAAAGUAUGCAGAGAAUAUUGCCUUUCUGAAACGAUAUACUGGAGACAGCACGGAGAUUAAAUUUAAAUGCAUUAUACAUGUUAGCUACGACAAGCAACGAUAUGUGUUGGAUUCUCGUAAACAGGAGGACAAGACUCGUGAAACUGGCUUAUGGAGAGACAAUGAUUCAACGAUGAAAUCGACAGAAGUUCGGGUUGAGCUCAUAAUUCCUCCGAAUCAGAUGCUCAUUAUCUUAACUGGAGCAGGAAUGGGAUUGUUGCUUCUGAUCAUAAUCACAGCAAUCAUGUUUAAGCUGGGUUGCUUCAAGAGGAAAACAUAUUAUCAAGAACAAGAGGAAGAAGUUGCUCUUCAGGCUGACACCCCCACUGAGUCCACCCCAGCCCCUGAUAAAGGGUUAAUCAUCCAGUCAGAGACUGAAGGCAAAUCUGACCAGCCUUCAGAAGAAAAAGUACUUCUUGAUGAUGGUGAUACAAAUGGCAGCACCCCACUGACUGAUACAGCGGAGGGUCUGGAGUAAAAAAAAAAACAAAUUUACCACCAUCAAAGUGGGCUGACAUAUGCUCAAGUUAUAAAGCAUUCAGCAUGGACAGAGGGCCUUUAUUAGUGAGCAGCAUCGCUAAAGGAACGGUCAUUUUGGGAAAUAUGUUUAUUUGAUUCCCCACAAAGAGUUACAUAAGAAGAUUUAUACCACUCUCAAAUCUGUUUACUGAAUAUAAAGCUGGAGCCAGGAGACAGCUUGCUUAGCUUAGCAUAAAGAUGGGAAACAAGGGGAAGUGCUAGCAUGGCUCUGUCCGAAGGUAACAACAUCUGUCAAGUCAGGUCAAAUUUUAUUCAUAUAGCCCAAGACCACACAUCAAAAAUUUGCCUCAAGGGGUUUUACAAUCUGUACAGCAUUGUGAAACCCUCUGUCCUUAGACCCAUGAAAUGGAUAAGGAAAAACUCCCCCCAAAAACCCUUUAACGGGACAAAAAAAGGCAGGAAAUCUCAUGGAGGAGCAACAGAGGAGGGAUCCCUCUUGACGGACAGACGUGCAGUAGAUGUCGUGUGUACAGUAUAAAUCAACAUAGCAGACCUACAAUAUGGAAAAUCAGGAUGACAACAUUAUAGACUCUAAACAUAUGUGAAGAAAAUGAUAGGACAGCAGAUAGGACCUGUGCCACACAACCUCCUCUCCACCAUGUAGACCUGGAAAGAGAACAGACUACACAACCACACAAGAGGCAAAACCAAGCACAUCAUUCACACAUAACCACCAUCUUAGAGGUACUCUAAAGCUCACUGAUUAACAUGUCAUAUCUCCUUUGAUUAAUUCAUACAAAAAUGGUAAAGGGACAGUUUGCUCAGUCAUCAUGGAGAUGGCUAAAUAUGGAACUUGGGUCACGUGGUAAUUGGUAGUCCUAAAGAUAAGGUCCUCCUAGAAAAGAAAAUUGGCAUGGUCUAUUACAUCACAUGCAAUGACCUAUGGGGAAAACUAUGUAGGUUGAACAGUAAUGACCCUGGACAAGAGACUGAAAGAAGACCGGAAACAUCAGAUGUCUGUGAACGCGGUCAUGGCAUUGACUGGGAAAACAUGAAGGUUCAUCCACCAAGAGUCAGUGGAUGGCCAGAGAUAGAUCAAGGAGGCCGUACACAUCAAAAAUAGAGACUUUAGCAGUUACAGUUGCCCUCCGUAAAUGACAACCUGUUAUCAUGUUACUGAUGUUCCAAACCUAUAGUAGGUCAUGUGAUGACAACUGAGCAAACUCUAUUUGCUAAAGAAGAAAGCAAAAUCUCCACAAAAAGCUUAGUUAAGGUUUUAUUGUCAAAUCAUAGCAUUGUGUUUUUAUUCAGAGCCUUGAAUUUACAUUCCUGUUCAGGCUACCUUAGGGAAAAAAAAUUUUAAAUUCAACCAUCUAAGUAAAAUUCUCCUUCAACACUGCAGAGACCCAAGUCUUAAUUCCUUGUAGUAUUAUAUCCGGCUUGGACAUGUGAUCCCCUUAUCUCAAGUGUUUGUGUUUGUAGAUGGAAAGCUGGCAAUGAUUAACCCCCUUGUCACUUCAUUAACAUCUCCUAAUCUUUUAGUAUCCCUGGCCUGGCGUGCCUUCUCUACCAAUGUAUGUAUUAUUUACAUUGUAAUAUACUGUGACAUUACGACUAGACAGCUUUUAGCUAUUUCUGAUCUUCAGCACAGGUAUUUAUUGAGCAAGCAGUUCAAGUUCUACUUGUAUUAUAUCUGACUACUUGUUAAAAGGUUUUUUAUUUUUGACAAUUUGAGGGGAUGCAGUGGAACAUUAAAUGCAUUGUUUAUUGAUUACUGAUCUCACAAAACACUGUCUUUUUUAGAAGCAGUCCUGGGUAGGUUAUUGGUUCAUUAAGGACAUGGGACAUAAAAUCAGUGAAGUAAGAUGAAAUUUUAGAGAUUUUUAGAUCGGGGACAACUUUGAUCCAAAGAACUAAGAUCAUUUUAGAUAUUUAUGAAUUCAAGAUUAUGUUGUCAAAAAUACAAUAACAAUAGAAAGUAAAAACCUUAAAAUAAAGAUACACAUUUCAAAAGGUAUUUCAAAAUUAUACUCAAGUCUUCAACAAUUAAACACAGAAAACAUGUAUUAUUCAUAUUAAACAAAAUGGGAAACAAAGGGCUCUCUCAGCAAAUCGCAAAUUGGGUCAAAGGAGAAAAGUGGAAAGCAACCUCUCAUCUUUUGGAGAGAAUUUAUCUGAAGAAAGUAACUUAUUUUUGUACUCCUGCCCAAAAGAGGUCUUAUUCAAAUCAGUCCGUUGGAGAUCCUGUGGGAGUAAGUAUUUAUGUAAAGCAGCAGGUUGCUUAUAACAAUGGAACCCAGGUGGGUACAUUUGUUGUCCUGGACAAAAUGGAUUAUCAUUUUUGUGUUUAUUUUUGAGAUCAUAUUUGGGUAAGUGUGCAUUUUUAUAAAAAUAUGUUCCAGUGUAAUGUUUUGGCCUCCUGUUAUUUGUGUAUGUAUUUUUCUUUUGCUUUUUAUAUGUUCAAUAUGUUGUUUGUGCAGUGUUGUGCAGUAAUUUUGUUACAUGUUUUAUGCUCUUUAUCAGUAAAAAUAAGAACUGAGAAAAAAAAAAAACAGUCUGGGUGAGUGUUUUCAUGGGGGAGCAGGACCAUGUCUACAGCCUAGGUGGCAGGAGGUGUAUAAACUGAAUAGGGAAGCCCUCACAGAUACAUGGGUACGUGGUUGUUUGGGACAGCUAACCAUUUAGGUCGGGCUUUAUAGCAUCCGGGGUGUAGGCAUGUAGUUUCACACUCAUCACAGGGUAUUUAGCUCAAAACACCCCUGUGCCUAAGUAAAGUCUAACAUAGCUGCUAGUUCGACUGCAGACUCUUAUCAUAAAUUUUAAUUUCUUUUAAUUUUUUUACUUUUUUAAU